CGAUUUUUACCUAAAGUUUGCCAAGUAUUGCUAGUGAAUUAGUUUCCUCUUCAUGAGUUAAUUUUUCAAACCAUUUUGAAGUCUUGCUAUAAACAACAAUUAAUUAAUAUUUAUUUAUGUGCCCAAAGCUCAUUUAAAAAUGAUGAAGUCAGACCAAAAAUAUUCUACCAAGUUUGGAUACAGUAUAGUAUUUUCAACAUGCUUCCAAAAACAAGUUGAAUCAGAAAUAGGCUUGUUCAACUUGCAAUAGUAGAAAUAUGUUGUGAGAUAAAAUUGCAGGAUAAAUUGACUAUUUUUUAAAAGAAAGAUUGCUAAGCAAAUGAUCAAAAUGUUUGUAAAUGAAAUGAAGAAGAAAACAUUCCAAGACAAACUUUUCGUGUGACAUUGUUUAGGGUAAAAUUUCAGUUGUACGAAUCUCCUUGCUUUGAAAAGAAAUAGCCUCUCCCAUUAGAAAUGUUGCUUGGUUGGUAUUUUGCUGUAAAGUAACUUCAAAAGAAUACAUCGUGCAUAAAUAAAUCGGUAUGUAACGCUGAACAGGGAUAAUGUUUUGUCAUAGGGUAUCACGAGAGAGAGCGUGCAAAGAUGGCUGAAUGUAGCGUUGUGCAUCGUUCCAGACUCUUUGACACAAUCAAACAAAAUCGUCAAUCAUAUCAUCUUUAUUAUUAACUUAUUUUUAGUAGCCAUUAUCUUUACACAAACUGCUCCAUAAGCUCAUUUAGGCCCACUAAUCUUAGAGCAAACGGUAGUUCAGGCUUGCAACUGUUAAGUAUGUUAUGCAGUUAAGUGGUAGCCAGGGGCGUGAUGGGAAUUCUUAUGGGCCGGGAAAUCAAUUUUUAGGGGCCGCCAUUAUGAUGCCGAUUGUUUCUUAUUGUUAUCACUUAUAAAAUGUUGGAAAUUAGUGUCGCGGAGGCAGCGUGGGGCCUUACUUCAAUUGUUUUUUCUCACAAAUCUGAUGUAACAAAUGAUAAAAGCUUAAAAGGAAGAAAAAUCCAAGGGGCCUGCAUGAAAAGUUUCAAGGGGCCUACCGGGCAAUUUCCCGAGUCCCGGUGGGCCACCCCACUCAUUGCGGUAGCUGUUAACUUGCAAUACUUUCGAUAAUGUUGCUACUUUUGAGGCCGCUGAUUGGCAUUUUCAUGAAUCACAGGUUCACAAGAAAUUAAUCACGUCAAAAAUUCAGCUAACGGAAUGAUUGCAGACAAUCGCAGUGAUCGGUUUUUUCAAGAAUCGCAAAAGGCGUAAACAUUAAGCGAGAUAACGAUCGGCGACGGCGAGAUCUUCUUCACGAUAAUUUUUCUCUGUUCAUAAGAAGCAGGCCCCAGAAUCUGUGUUCUCUAGAUCUUUGAAAGGACCUCAUGAAGUGCUUGAACGUUUUAGCAGGUUUUUGUUAUUUAUGACCAAUACUCCUCAAUCUAAUUUCUUUGUUCCAUAAAAGACUUUGCUUGUUCUGAUUAUCGCACAGUUUGGACAUGCGCAGCUGUGUCGACGUGAAACAAAAGACAUGUGGAAUUUUUCGACCACCUGUUAAAAGAAUUCUGCCAUUUUGAUCAGCGGAAGAUCAAUGUUCGUUAGGCGAAUAAAAAGCUUGUUUUCUAACUGAAAUCUUGUGCUAUAUAAUUCGUAUUAUUUUCUCGUCAAGAAGAGAUCUGUGAGCAAUCGACAGAUGGGUGUUGGUCUCACUCUUCUUUAAAUGGUCAACAGAUGAAAGAGAACGUCGAGAACUAUUAGAAUCUAUCUGAUCUCUAGUACCUAGACUUUUGCUACGUAGAAAUGGAAAAUUUUAUUAUUUCUUGCAUUGUGGUUACAUCGCUGCUCGUCGGAGUAAGUUGUCAUGAAAAUAAAGGCCAACAUCAUAAUCAAAACAACCAAAGGAAGGCCCCAGUUCACGAUUCGAAGCAUAUUCACAACAAAGAACAUAUUAAGGAGCACUUGCAAGAAUUCACUGACGUCAAAGAAGAAAAUCUUAGCGACGAUAAUUUACAAUUUCACUAUUUCAAAGUGCAUGACUAUGAUAACAAUGAUAAACUAGAUGGAAUAGAACUGGCGAACGCAAUGAGCCAUUAUCACGACGAAGAGACGGGCGAACAUGCAGAGGAAUACAGCGAAGAAGAAUUAGCAAGCAUGGUGGACCAGAUUUUAGAGGAAGAUGAUUUAAAUAUCGAUGGAUAUAUAGAUUAUCCAGAAUUUAUUGAGUCGCAAAAAAGAGAAGAAGCAGCAGCUGAAUAAUUAGGUUAAACAUUGAGAACUAUUGAUUAAGGGUUUUAAAAUUCAUUUAUAUUUUGCUAAGAAAUUUCGUGUAUUUGGAAACCAAACGGCGUUGAGACGCUCUAGCCAGAGAGAGAUAGAACAGAUUCGGUAGAAACUGCCUUUUCAUAUUGACAUUAAUUUAAAAUAAUAAAUGUUUUUAUGAUACUUUUAAUGAAGAUAGAAAGCAAUUUUACCUUAAAUUACACAUUACUGGUUACCUUAAAUUCUGCUUUGGAGAAUUACAAUUUGGCCCAGAAUUUUACACACAUGUAUUAAAGUAUGCCCCGUAAGUUCAUCAAAGAACCUUUUUUGCAAAACCUGGCUUUUGAAAGCUUCCAUGUACUUUCGAUAUUAUCAUUUUGUUAUGAAUGUGCAAAAUCUUUUGCAAAAUCAUGUACAAUGCCCAAUAUCAAAGAUACCGUCAAGGAUUUUAUACUAUAUUGACGCUAAAGGCAAUGCUGCAUGGCUAUUUAAUGUGAUAAGUAGUAAAGAAAUAAAAAAACCCGAUGUUAAAAUAAGCCAGAAAAAAGCUUUAAUCGUUUUGGUCUGACUGUAACGGACGACAAUGGAUGUUAUAACUUUGAAACACUGGGUUUUCUCAGUCUUGGUCAUUCCCUGGAAGUGUUUGAAUUUUUUAUGAUAAUAUUUCAGGUUGCCCAUUUUUUGGAACUGUAUUGGUCAACCAAAUGACAGGUCGACUUAUACCUUAUAGACUAAUACACAAAGAUCUAUGCCAAAGGAUAACUUUAGAAAAAUUUUGACGGGAGACAAGCCUACUUCUUAGAGUCAUUAUUUUCAAUCAACCUAUUUUCUGCGUUUUGAAUUUCUUUUUUUUUGUGUUUAUUUAUCACUUCUACAAAUUUUUUGGAUGAAUAAUAAAUCAAUCUUGGAUA